AUGGCAGCCGAGAGCGGGAUGGUGAUGCGCCUGGCGUUGGCCACAAAGCUAGAGAAUCAGGAUGACCUGCCAAUCGGUAAGAAGCUAGAGAAGCCGAGCAAUCCAUGGUGGACGGCGUCCUACAAGGAGAACGGCUUGGAUGUCGCUUUUCCCAUCCCACCGGCACCUCCGACCAAGUCUGGCACCACGUGGCAGGCCGGAUUCCACGAGAUGAUGAACAACUCAGUUGUCGUCAGCUUGACCACACUGUCUCCACCACCAGGAUGGAAUUGGGCUGAUCCGUACGCAGACGUCACUGAAAAUGACAUCAAUGAGUGUACCGGCAAUCCCUGUCAGCAUGGAACCUGUGUGAACAAAGAUGGCGGUUACAAAUGUACCUGCUCACCUGGAUGGACUGGACAGAACUGUCAGCAAGAUAUCGAUGAGUGCAUGAGAAACCCACGGCCUUGCAAACACGGAACCUGUGUAAACAAAGAUGGCGGACACAAAUGCACCUGCUCACCUGGAUGGACUGGACAGAACUGUCAGCAAGACAUCAAUGAGUGUACUCGCAAACCUUGUCAACAUGGAACUUGUGUGAACAAAGAUGGCGGAUACAAAUGUACCUGCUCAUCUGGAUGGACUGGACAGAACUGUCAGCAAGACAUCAAUGAGUGUACCAGCAAACCCUGUCAGCAUGGAACCUGUGUGAACAAAAAUGGUGGAUACAAAUGCACCUGCUCACCUGGAUGGACUGGACAGAACUGCCAGCAAGACAUCAAUGAGUGUACCAGAAACCCUUGCCAGCAUGGAACCUGUGUGAACAAAGAUGGUGGAUACAGAUGCACCUGCUCCCCUGGAUGGACUGGACAGAACUGUCAGCAAGAUAUCAAUGAGUGCGUACGAAACCCAUGGCCAUGUCAACAUGGAGCUUGUGUGAACAAAGAUGGUGGAUACAAAUGCACCUGCUCACCUGGAUGGACUGGACAGAACUGUCAGCAAGACCUCAAUGAGUGUACCAGAAACCCCUGCCUUCAUGGAACCUGUGUGAACAAAAAUGAUGGAUACAAGUGUACCUGCUCACCUGGAUGGACUGGACAGAACUGUCAGCAAGAUAUCAAUGAGUGUACCAGAAACCCUUGCCAGCAUGGAACCUGUGUGAACAAAGAUGGCGGCUACAAAUGUACCUGCUCACCUGGAUGGACUGGACAGACUUGUCAGCAAGACAUCAAUGAGUGUUCCAGAAACCCUUGCCAGCAUGGACGCUGUGUGAACAAAGAUGGCGGAUACAAUUGUGCCUGCUCACCUGGAUGGACUGGACAGAACUGUCAGCAAGACAUCAAUGAGUGUACCAGCAAACCCUGUCAGCAUGGCCGCUGUGUGAAUACAUGUGGUGGCUACAAAUGUACCUGCUCACCUGGAUGGACUGGACAGAACUGUCAGCAAGACAUCAAUGAGUGUACGAGAAACCCUUGCCAGCAUGGAACCUGUGUGAACAAAGAUGGUGGAUACAAGUGCACCUGCUCACCUGGAUGGACUGGACAGAACUGUCAGCAAGACAUCAAUGAGUGUAUCAGAAACCCUUGCCAGCAUGGAACUUGUGUGAACAGAGAUGGCGGGUACAAAUGUACCUGCUCAGCUGGAUGGACUGGACAGAACUGUCAGCAAGACCUCAAUGAGUGUUCCAGAAACCCGUGCCAGCAUGGUCGCUGUGUGAACAAAGAUGGUGGAUACAUAUGCACCUGCUCACCUGGAUGGACUGGACAGAACUGUCAGCAAGACAUCAAUGAGUGUACCAGCAAAAUCUGUCAACAUGGAACCUGUGUGAACAAAGAUGGUGGAUACAAAUGCACCUGCUCACCUGGAUGGACUGGACAGAACUGUCAGCAAGACAUCAAUGAGUGUUCCAGAAACCCUUGCCUGCAUGGACACUGUGAGAACAAACUUGGCGGCUACAAAUGUACCUGCUCACCUGGAUGGACUGGACAGAACUGUCAGCAAGAUAUCAAUGAGUGUACCAGCAGACCUUGCCAACAUGGACGCUGUGAGAACCAAGAUGGUGGAUACAAAUGCACCUGCUCACCUGGAUGGACUGGACAGAACUGUCAGCAAGACAUCAAUGAGUGUAUCAGAAACCCUUGCCAGCAUGGAACUUGUGUGAACAGAGAUGGCGGGUACAAAUGUACCUGCUCAGCUGGAUGGACUGGACAGAACUGUCAGCAAGACCUCAAUGAGAGUUCCAGAAACCCGUGCCAGCAUGGUCGCUGUGUGAACAAAGAUGGUGGAUACAUAUGCACCUGCUCACCUGGAUGGACUGGACAGAACUGUCAGCAAGACAUCAAUGAGUGUACCAGCAAAAUCUGUCAACAUGGACGCUGUGUGAACAAAGAUGGUGGAUACAAAUGUACCUGCUCACCUGGAUGGACUGGACAUGACUGUCAGCAAGACAUCAAUGAGUGUUCCAGAAACCCUUGCCUGCAUGGACACUGUGAGAACAAACUUGGCGGCUACAAAUGUACCUGCUCACCUGGAUGGACUGGACAGAACUGUCAGCAAGAUAUCAAUGAGUGUACCAGCAGACCUUGCCAACAUGGACGCUGUGAGAACCAAGAUGGUGGAUACAAAUGCACCUGCUCACCUGGAUGGACUGGACAGAACUGUCAGCAAGACAUCAAUGAGUGUACCAAGACACCAUGCCGACAUGGACGCUGUGUGAACAAAGAUGGCGGAUACAAAUGUACCUGCUCAUAUGGAUGGACUGGACAGAGCUGUCAGCAAGACAUCAAUGAGUGUACCGGCAAACCCUGUAAACAUGGAACCUGUGAGAACAAAGAUGGUGGAUACAAAUGCACCUGCUCACCUGGAUGGACUGGACAGAACUGUCAGCAAGCCAAACGUUGCCAGAGUGGGUGGACGGAAUACAACAACCACUGCUACAAGUUGGUGAAGGACAAAGUCGCAUGGUCUACUGCAAAUGAAAAAUGUAAAAAACAGCAUGGUGCAAACCUGGCCUCCAUCCAAAGCCGAGGGGAGAACAACUUCAUUGCAAGGCUCAUCACAAAUGCCCCGAAAGGUACACUUCGACAUUUGGUCUGGUUCGGAUUGUGUCGCGGCAAAGGAGGAUUUUCGUGGACAGAUAGGUCAGACGUGACCUACACAAACUGGGCUCCGGGUGAGCCUAACAACAGAGCUUGGCUGUCAUUGGGCCAGGGAGAGAACUGUGGUGCUAUGUACGCCAAGGUCAAACUAUAG